AUGUCUGAAGAUUCGAACCCCGGCUACUCGCCUUCCACGCUGGAGCAGCUAACCAGCAGUUACAGCUCUAUCCACGGGGUUCUGAGUCUCGUAGUCUGCGCCUUUGGGAUCCCCAUGAAUGUCCUCAACAUUAGCAUCCUGACCCGGAAGAAGAUGCGAACACCUGUGAACUGUAUUUUAACCUGGCUGGCGAUCUUUGACCUUCUGACCAUGACCUCGUACGUGCCGUUUUCACUGCACUUCUAUUGUUUAACAUGGAACAUGUCGCCAGAGAGGAACUCCUUGAGCUGGAUGACGUUCCUGAUCUUCCACUCGGACUUCACCUCCACCACCCACACCAUCAGCAUCUGGCUGGGGGUCACGCUGGCCAUGUUCAGGUACAAACACAUCUUCUCUCCAGCCAAAGGUCACCUGACGCGAGCAAGGCGCCUGAUCCGGGCGCGGAUUGCCGUCUUUGGGGUGGUCAUCUUGUCCGUCUUGGUGAUGAUUCCCAAUUACUUGAUGAACCGGCUCAAGGAACUCUCCUACAACAACCCUGAAACCAACGAAACGGAAACGAUGUUCAUCCCUGAGCCUGUCAACAUGGAAACCGAGGACCUGAAACCGCUGGCGCAGGCGAGCCUGCUGCUGCACAGCGCCCUGGCCAAACUACUGCCUUGCAUCUUAAUGGUCGUCUAUGGAGGGUUGCUGGUGAAGACUCUCCGGACCAACAUUCGAAUGGUAGCCCGCCGAAACGCAGGCAACAGCUCUUUCAGUAAAAUCUCUACCAGAGAGCCAUCUUCGGUUCAGGAACAAGAAACUAGCGAGCCACGUUCUAAACUUCUUGCAAAGAACUCCAUUCAGCAGAAAAACAGUGCUGGGCAGAACCAUGAGGACCACAAGAACCACUUACCCAGCUGCAACUCGCAGUUGACCAUCAAUGCUAACAACUCCACCACACUGGUCUAUUUAACAAAACCGGCCAUUUUCUUGCCGUCAAAUUCUUGCUGUUCUUCAACGGUGCCAUUAACCGGAAGAGGGAAUCGACAGCUGACACGUCAUCGGGAUAAUUCUCGAACAACGCGCAUGCUGCUGGUUGUCAUAACCCUGUUUCUGGUCACGGAGCUCCCUCAAGCGGUCCUCAUCGUUCUCUCCGCCACCAUCACCGGCUUUUUCCUGAAGGUCUACGUGCCCCUUGGAGAUGUUAUGGAUAUGGUCGCGCUAGUUAACAACGGAAUCAACUUUCUGCUGUACUGCAUCAUGUCCCGGGACUUUCGGACCACGCUUCUAGACAUGCUGAAGUCAGUCAUGGACCGGGUCAGUGCAGCUUCUGCUAGACUGGACGGCGUCUUUCACAAGUCAUCGACAGGGAUUGUUGACCAGCCUAGCAAGCAACACUCGACCCUGCUCAUGAAUAAUAAACACUGCACUUUGUAA